AUGGUCAAAGUAGAGAUUAUUGAGACUGUAAAAGCUUCCCAGACCCAAAACGGGCUCAGACACUCUGAUUACUUAAGAUAUCGUAGAUACUGUGCUCAAAAACUUCGUCGGCUCCGAAAAUCCGCUAAAUUUACUUUUGGAAGAGGAAAAUUCCAGCAAAAGCAAAUCACAACAGACCUAUGCCAAGACUCAAGGUAUAUCUUAAUGCUUCUGUAUAAUGCAGAAAGAUCAUGGAGCUAUGCUAUGCAGCUAAGGCAGCAUCUAUCCUUAUCAUCAUCAGCCAAAGCAAAAAGGCAUCUAUUAACCAGACUUCGCAAAGCUGUCAAAUGGAGUGAAGCAUUAGAACACGCUGUAAAUGCCGUUGGAGACGUAAAAAGUACUCUUGAAGCUCAAGCUUAUAAGUCCUUAAUGACUGGAUAUCUAGAUCUAGAGCAGCAGCACUGGGAAAAAGCUCGAGAUUCAUUUUUAGCCUCUCAAGCUGUAUAUCAAAGGCUAUCAGAAGUCGCUGAUACUAUAGAAGUUGUCGCAAUCCAACAGAAAUUAUCAAGCUUAGAGCCAAUGAUUAGGUACUGCCAACAUCAAUUGGGAAACUCACUCCCCCCUUUACAUUGGGAUAAAAAAAAUCUUGUUCCAAUUCCAAGAUAGUUAAUUUUUUUAAAAAAAUAAUAUUUAAAUUUUCAAUAUAAAAACAUUUAUUAAAAUUUUAUUUUAUGAAGAAUUAAUUUAAAAAAUUAAAAGAUUUCAGUCCAUAAACUGUUUAAAUAAUAUUCUACUUGCAUUUUUUCCAUUAAAUUAGAUCAAAACCUAUUUUAUAAAAAAUUAUUUUUCACCAGUAAAUUUUUUUUCCCAUUAAAAAAAUAUUUUGCUCAAAUUUAGAGGGCUUAAAGUAUCUAAAAUUAGAAAUUUUACUGAUAGUUUGGUUCCAAUUUAAAGGAGGGGUGUGUCAGUCUCCACCCAAGAGCUACUUGACUUGAAAUUUUCGCAAUCUCCAGAAUCUGAACUCCUUAACGCCCAAAUAGAAAGUUUAUUGGCAGAAUCCAGGCAGCAAAGAGUACAAAAUGCAGGAGAGAUCAACAUUAAAGGGAAAAGCUACACAGUUAGGAACGAAAAAGCAAGGCUUGCAUUGCAGAAAGCAGAAGAAGUAUUCAUGGCUUUAGAAAGAGCAAGCAAUAAACUGGAUUUAUAUACAGAAGCAUUCGGAUAUUAUGAUGAAGCUUGCAGAUAUAUCAAAAAAGACAAAGAUGAAAGCCAGGCAUCAGGAGACGUUGGAGAAGCCGCGAUUUGGGGCCAACUCUUAGAAGCGAUCCAACAAAUCAAGAAAGGUAGAGUUGUAGAAAGAAAUUUAGAACUGGCACGGCAAGCUGAAGAAAAAUUCGAAGACGAAAUCGACAUUGCGAUAAAAGGAGGAAGAGUCAAAGGAAAGCCUCAAGAAAUUGUGAAAAUUUAUGAUACCAUAUUAACAAGCUUAAAAGCUUUAGAAGAUGACACGAGGGAAAACGAAAUCAGGGCUAAGAGAGCUUAUUAUAUGAGUUUGGUCAAUUUGUAUAGUGAUAGACUAUUGGAAGCUUAUGCACUUUUACAGAGAUGUGAUGAGCUAGGUGGAAAAACUGACGAGGUUAAGGUGUUAGAAGCCAAGCUAGAAGCAGCCUUAGCGCUUAGAGACGAAGUUCCUGAUAUUUCUGCACUUAAGCUAGUUUCGAAGAAAGAAGAUUUCCCUCCUGCAUUGCAGCCUAUCAGCUGCAAGCCUGUCUUUUAUGACUUGGCAAUUGACAGCAUUGAGUAUCCGAAUCUGCAAGAAAAAGCAAAGCCAAAAGGAUUCUUUUCAUCAGUCAAAGGUUGGUUUGGCAGAUAA